AUGGUCGCCCUACUGGAAGACAUCGCUGUUGCCAAUACGGAUCUUUCCCUCCCGAGAAUUCUGUGUCUACAUGGAGGUGGCACCAACGCUCGCAUCUUCAGCAAUCAGUGCCGCGUCAUCAAGCACCACCUCGACCAGUCAUUCCGUCUCGUUUUCUGUGAUGCUCCCUACAUCAGCAAGCCCGGCCCUGACGUCACAUCAGUUUACUCCGAAUGGGGCCCUUUUCGUAGCUGGGUGAAGGCCCAACCUGGCGACACCAAUGGAAGCAAUCCUUUCGGCACACCCUCUCAUCGUAUGCACAGUGUGGUAAUGCCGGCACACGAAACUGAUGCACUGGAAGUCGUGGAUAGCAUUGAUUCUUCCAUUGGGGAUGUGAUGAGGGCCGAUGACCUCUCAGGUGCAACCGGAGAGUGGGUUGGUCUGCUCGGAUUUAGCCAGGGUGCCAAAAUUGCCGCCAGUUUGUUGUUAAGAGAACAGGAACGUGCAAAGUCUUUGGGAUGGUUGCACUUUGGUAGCUUUCGGUUCGCUAUACUCCUGGCAGGUCAAGGACCACUUGUGUCACUGGAUCACCAUACCCAAGCCUACUUUGGCCGGGAAGAGGAGGUAAAGGAAGCAAUACUAGAGCUUCCAACUGUACAUGUCCAUGGCUUGAGGGACGUAGGUCUCCGCCUGCAUCAAGGGAUGCGAAAUCGUUGCUGCUCAACGACCAGCACGGUACUGGUUGA